AUGAAACAAGUUGAAGAAAAUGAAGAUAAAAAGAAAGAAUUUGAGAAAGAAGUAGCAAUGUUAGAUAAAUUUCGAAAUGAAUAUAUUAUUCAAUUUUAUGGAGCAGUAUUUAUUCCUAGUAAAAUAUGUAUGGUAACAGAAUUUGCAGAAUAUGGAUCAAUACAAGAUAUAAUGAAUAAAAGAAACAUCACAGAAAUACCAAAGAAAAUAAGAAUCAAAUUUAUGAUAGAUGGAGCAAAAGGAAUAUCAUAUCUUCAUUCAAAUGGAAUAUUACAUCGAGAUAUUAAACCAGAUAAUUUUCUUGUUGUAUCACUUGAUGAUAACAUUGAAGUUAAUUGUAAAUUAACGGAUUUUGGAAGUGCAAGAAACAUCAAUAUGAUGAUGACAAAUAUGACAUUCACAAAAGGAAUAGGAACACCAAAAUACAUGGCACCAGAAGUAUUAAAUCAUCAACAUUACAAAAUGCCAUCAGAUAUAUAUUCAUUUUCAAUAACAAUGUUACAAAUCAUCACAUGGCAAGAUCCAUUUCCUAAAACAUUAUAUCCACAUCCAUAG